AACCGUACAAAAAUAAUAUUAGUGCCUCAAACGCAAUAUACAUUAUACAUACACACACACACACACACACACACACAUAGCUUACUUAGCUUUGGGAAUUUCUUCAAGUGUAAACCAUAAACCUAUCUAUAUAUUAUUCCCAUUUCACCCCUAAAAUUUUAUUAGCAACACAAAAAAUAAUACCAAAUCCUCCAUUAAUAUUCUUUUUUCAAGAAUAUCAUGUCGACGGCCGGAGCAAUUAGCUCCACCCUCCUUUUCAUUGCAAUACUUGCAGUUGUCUUUUCUGCCGCCAUUUUUGUCUCCUUCGACGGUACUAAGGUUUCCAUCAUCGGACAGCAGCAACAACACGUCAGCAAGAAUACUGCAGAGACGACGUCGACGGCGUCAGCAUCGCCGGAGGGAAACUCCACGGCGGUGGUUAUACCGAUGCCCGGCGGCGCCGUCGGCCCAGAGAGCUUCGCGUUUGACGGUAGCGGCGGUGGGCCCUACACCGGUGUCUCCGACGGCAGGAUUAUACGGUGGCGGGAUAACGAAAGCCGGUGGGUUGACUUCGCCGUGACGUCACCGGACAGUAGGAAUGGUUGUGAAGGAUCUCAUGAUCACUCUAAAAUGGAGCAUAUUUGUGGUAGGCCAUUGGGCCUACGUUUCAAUCAAAAGAGUGGUGAUCUAUAUAUUGCGGAUGCUUAUAUGGGCCUUCUUGUUGUCGGCCCGAAUGGUGGCCGGGCCAGCCCGGUGGCCCAACAAGUGAAUCGGGUUGCUCUUCGUUUCACCAAUUCUCUAGACAUCGAUCAAGAUAGCGGAGUCGUAUAUUUUACGGAUAGCAGUACGAGGUUCCAAAGGAGGAAUCAUCUCCCAAUAAUCAUUAGCGGCGACAAUACCGGAAGACUAAUGAAAUUCGAACCCACAACAAACAAAACCACUCUCCUUCUAGACAAUCUCAAGUUCCCAAACGGCGUCGCACUGAGUCAAAACGGUGAGUUCCUACUUUUCGUGGAGACCACAACUUGUACAUUAUUCAAAUUCUGGCUCAAAACCCCCAAAUCCGGGAAUCUCGAAUCCCUAGCUCAAUUCCCAGGAUUCCCAGAUAACAUAAAGCGGAAUCGGAACGGCGAGUUCUGGGUGGGAAUCAAUUCAAAGAGAGGGAAGCUAUUGGAAUGGGUUUUAUCGAAACCCGGGAUUGGGAAUGCCGUGGUUGGAUUGAUCCCGGUGGAUAUCACGCGAUUGUACUCGCGUUUGGGUCGGUGGAUUGGGAACUCCGGAAUGGGAAUCAGGUUGGAUGGGAAUGGGAAUGUGGUGGAGGUAUUGGAUUCUAGAUGGAAGUUUGUUAGUGAAGUUGAUGAAGAGAAUGGGAAUUUGUGGGUUGGUUCUGUAAUUAGGGAUUUUGUUGUUAGAGAAAAAAUCUCCAUUUAUUAGGGAAAUUAAAUUCUUUGUGAUAAAAAAAAAUUAAAUCAUUAUGUGUAAUAUGUUUAAAGUUUUAAAAAAUAUCGAUGGGUUCGGAUCGAAAACAAAGACGAGUCUUUAUUAAGAGAGUUAAUACGUAGCAUCUACUAUUAAAAUAGAGAUAUGUGAUUCAGUUCGUGCCCAUUCUCU